GGCUAGGAGGGGCUUAGUCAAGUGACUAAGGACUCCCUUAGUCAUGGGAUCCGCUCUCCUAAGGAAGAGGGCAAAUGGAUAGUAAGAUAGAAGAUUCCGAACUCAUAGAGAAAAGGAGUUUGCUUUAAUUGGACCGUUGGAGGGAAAGGCCACACCAAAAAAUGAAAUCAAAAUAAAGAAAGAAAAGAAUCCCCUGCCUCUGUGACACAACUCUGCCGCCGAACUUACAAAAUCCCCCAAACCCCAAAACCAGAGCAGAGAGACAGAGUAGCCUCCGCCAAUCGAUCGUUCAAUCCGUCAUUUCUCAGAUCCUCCCUCCAUUCCAUAAAAAAAACACCCAUAUAGGUGAAAGCAAAGGAAAGGAAAAUCGGAGGAAGGAGAAUCAUGGCAUCGAUCAGCGGCGCUCUGCAACACCAGAACCCAACCUUCCAGUCCACCGCCGUCUUCAGCCUCCUCGAUCCAAUCUCCCUCAUUCUCUCCCAAAAUUCCUCCGAACCCAUCUCUCUCAAGCUCACGGUUGAGACCUACGCCAUGGAGCGGGGGCCUCGCUACACGGCCUAUGCCCAGCUCAGGGAAUCCAAGCUCCGUACCAAGACCACCACGGCGGCGAUGGGGACGGCGUUUUCCCGAUUACCCGAGUCGGAGACGGAGUCCUGGAGGCAGCAGACUACUCCGCCGCUGAAGAAACAGGUCAAAUUCAAACACCAACUCCACCCGCUCCCAUCCCCUGUUUCGAGAAGGGCUUCCGGGUACGGCGCGUCGAUGGUGGCUCAGUCGGUGCCGGAUUUCUCGGCGGCGCUGAGGAAGGAGAACAGGAAGCCUCCGCCUUCACCGGCCAUGGCGGGACACCUGACUCCGUCGCCGUGCAAGAGCGGUUCGAAGAUGCAGGGUGUGUUGUCUUCGACAGGGAGCAAGUCUGUUGGGUCGGGGGAGAAGAGGAGAGGGGUUGGGAACGGCGGUGGCAGUGGGUUGAUGGCGAGAAAGAGCUAUGCGAGUGUGGAGGAAUUGAAGGGAUUGUCGGCGGCGGCGUCGAAUUCGAUCAUGAAUGGGGAAAACAGAGUGGGAGGGUUGACCAGUAGCAGCAGGGGAAAUGGUGGGAGAGGAAAUGGAAAGACCGUACUUGGAUACCGGCACCACUUCUAAAGAAGUGUGGGUUUCUUCUUCUCCUUCUCGAAUUACGAUUCUUACUGCCGUCGCGAGUUCUUGUUCUUCUUUUUGCCCUUCUGCCAUGGCUUGUGUGGCCUGUGGUUAUGGUUGGUGUUCUUUGGUUCAUUUCAUUGCUGUAGGCAAUUGCGAAACCUUUCUAUUACUAACACUUGAGAGUUUCAGUUCCCUGUAAUAUAAACACAUUUCAUGA